UUCUAGCAACGGAUUCAAACCGAUGAUACUCAGGGUAACUCCCUACGUAGGGCUCGAACCUACAGCCUCAAGAUUUCAGAAGAUUUACUCAAAUUAUAGUUCGAGUCUUCGAUAGAAGUCUUGCGCGCUACCAUUGCGCCAGCAGGGAAAUCGUAUGAUUUUUGGAUGGUGGCGGCCGCUAAACUAAGGUUAUGUUGAAGUGAUCAUUUUGCAGAGCUCUUAUGCACCGUGAUUGGUCGAUUUGCGUUAUGAAUCAACCAAUUAGUCCCACAAAAUUCGAAGUACAUUCCGAAUUUCGUCCGAUACUAUUUCGAAUCAGAAGCGCAACUUCGAACUACCGGAAAUGCUCGUCUCGAUAACACCUCUUUGCUUUCAAUGAGAUUUGGGGAGAUUUUAUGGAAUGACAACUUGUCGAUUACCAAGAAGAUCCGAUCGAGACUUUCCACUUCGUAGAAGGCAGUGUCGAAGGCUCCGCUGGUCCUUUGAUGCUAAUCCUAUUGGGGCUAGGAAGCUACGAGACAGACAACCAUUUGUAGCUCUGCAACAAUGACAUUGCAUUUGGAAUUGUGAAUACGUGGUUUCAAAAGGGCGUGCUUGACAAGAAGGCGUGCUUGACACCUUUCAACGAGAUAGGUAGGAAUAAGAUGAUUGCAUUUGGAAUUACAAAAGAAGGUUUGUGCUAAGGGCAGUAGCUCUUGCAAACAUGGUCAUUAUUAACCACUAGUUUGAGCUACAAGAUAUCCCCAUAUUCCCCUGUGGAUACUCAAAUCCUACUACGUACUCCGCGAUAUAUACUAUUGCCAAAGCCGUCCCUACCUCGAAUCUUCAAAACUAUUUGCAUACCUAGAUACGUACGAAAUGCCUCAAACCUCUACGUACGGCACAGGAAGUGCAGCAAACAAAGCCAUUGGAGGCAUUCCUAGUAUCCAUUAUUUCGAUUUCCAAUCCCGUGGUCGAGGUCAGGUAGUUCGGUUGUUGCUCAUCGAUGCAGGAGCUGCAUUCAAGGAUAUUCGGUACACAUUCGAAGAAUGGCCAGAACAUAAGAGAAAUGGGAAAGUUGCGGAGAUAAAUCCUACGGGAAACAUACCAGUGGUCGAGAUGCCGGACGGAAAAAUCUUGACACAGAGUUAUGCUAUCCUUAGGCAUUGGUCAAGAUUGCUAGGCGCGUAUGACGGGAAGAAUGAAGAUGAGAAAUAUUGGGCCGAUGCAAUUUGCGAUAUUGUUAUUGAUUCUUUCUUCUCUGACAACCAAAAAGAAGACUAUCCGAAACAUCAACAAGGCGAUCAGAAGAAAUACCUCAAUGCAAUCGAAACACAUUUGAAGGGUUCGGAGCUUUCGAAAAAGGGUCCUUUCAUAAUUGGCAAUGAAAUCACAUAUGCAGACAUGGUUCUAUAUCAAUUACUCCACGACGAAAGUCUUACCAAAGAUGGACGAAAAGGACUGAAAGAGUAUCCGAGAUUAGUGCAAUUAGUAGAUGCUGUGGAGGACAGACCAAACAUCAAGAAGUUCUUGAACAGCGAUGCUUAUCUUGGUUAG